AUGGUAAUGAUGCGCUACGUGCUGUGUAUCCUCGCUCUCCUGCUCUCAUGUGCGUGUGUGCACGUCCUCGCUGAAGAAGUGCCUGCCGCCGAUCUUUCCGACCAAGUCCCUGAUACGGAGAGUGAGACAAAGAUUCUUCUUCAAGGUACUCCUGUUGCUCAAAUUCCUGAAGGUGCUUGUCCUCCUGAAGGUCCUGAGGAAUGUAAGAAAGUUGACAAAGUUCCUCCUCUUGGUCAGUGCACUAAAGGUGAUACUAGUGGUCCAACUGUUUCUUCUGGUGAAUGUAAUACUUCUGGUGCUAAACCUGGACCUGAUGAUGGUGGUUCUGAGUGCAUUCCUGGUGCUCCUAAAACUAAUGAACGUCCUUGUCCUCCUCCUCCUCCUGGAGAACAACCACCAUCACUACCACCACCACCACCACCACAAGAAGAAGAUCUACUUCAUAAACAACCGGAUGUACUCCAAGCA